UCCCAACUUCCUUUUUUCAUACAGAUAAAAAACCAUCUCAAUGAACUUGCUACUCUCAAGCAGCAGUUCUCAACCCUAUCAUCCCAAUCGAUUGAGAAAUUUGGGAAGAUCAUUUCCACUGCACAGGUGUACCAAACCAAAAUGGACCCACUAAACAAGGAUAUAGAAUACUUGCAGCGCCAGCAGAAAAAUAUCAAAGACUGUUACGAAAAGUUAAAUCAAAUCAAGACGUUCCGAAAAACUUCGCGGGAAGUGGAAGGUAUCGUGCAACAGGGUCCUUCUCAGUCGCUUUCAUCUUAUCUCGAAGUAAUGGAUCGUUUGCAAGAAGCUUAUGAAUUUUUCAAACAGAAUACACUUGGAGAUGGGGAGUUGACGCGUCUGCAAUCGCUCUUUGCCUUGGGUUUGAAGAAGCUGAGCACCGAGUUUGGAGCUGUAUUAAAGCAGACUUUUUAUCCAAUUGAAGUUGAGCGUUUGUUGGCAAUAGUGGAACGAAGUUUGUCUGAAAAUCCGGAAAUGCAUCCUAGUAAAAAUUUGGCGCCGCUAGAAGAAGCCUCAGAUCCGCUGCUAAAUACUCUACAGUUCAUGAUUCAUUGGAUGAAAAACAGUCAAACUCUUAGCAUCUCUGGUGGCAUGCAUGGCGCAGAAGGAGCGCGAGCAUGUCUUCUGCGUUACCAUGAGUUUCGUCGGGAAGUUGUUCGCUCUGCUUUAAACAAGUUACGCAUCCUGUUAAGAGAACGUGAUAUGCAGAGUCAAUCGGCGGCUCAUAGUGGUCGAAGGUCCCGGGUAGUUUAUGACUUGCGUGGUAAGGCGAACGCCAACCCACAGCGUGCUCGUCCCAAGCGUCCUCCUGGAUUCGUUUGGGAUGUUUCUUUGAGGCGUCAGUUAAACGAAACCGAAACCGAAGAUUUGAAUUCUGAACACCUUGCAAUCGCCAUCACAGCCCUUGUGAAAUUUAUGCAGAAUGAACGUCGUUGGUUGGAGAGACUUCAGCUCACCUCGGACCUAGAUGAGACGCAAGUAUCUCUAGAUGUCAUUUUGAAGGUGGCGUCAAACGAAAUACUGACAGAAUUACAUAAUUUGGUCCGCCUGCUGCAACUUGCGGAGAAGCGGGCGGAAUUUCACAUGGUUCUCUCGUUGUUGCUAGUGAUGAAGCGCAUCUGUCAGGUGGGCCCUGAGCUCCUAGAAGUCCUCCAGGGCAUAGAACACAUUCUCUUUGGAUUCAACAGCAGCGUCUACAAAAUGAUCCACGAGACUUGUAUUGCGCUGCAAAAGUACACGGAAUUUCUGCGUAUGCUGCCUGAACAUACCAGUGGUACCCGAGGGGUAGUUCCGCCGGAUGGGACGGUACAUGAGCUUGCAACUAACGCCUUGAUGUUCUUCGAGCACCUUCUGGAAUUUGCUGACAUCCUCUCGGUGGCGAUGUACGUUGAUAAGGCUAGCUCACAAAGUAACGCCGAUGUGAUUCGCAUGAUGUGUGUCAGUUUGCAGAAUGACACACAACACAGCAGUCGUGUGGGGUUGUUCUUACUUGAUGCUAUUUCUGCCUUGGUUGAAAAUCUGGAGCGGAAAGCAGAAUCCUAUUCCGAUGAGACUGUACAGUUGCUGUUCCUGAUGAACAAUUUGCAAUACAUUCUGAAGACUGUGAACAGAACGGAGAUACACCGUUUUAUUCAAAGUUACAAACCAGAAAGUGUUGCUUCCAUCAGCUCAGUUCUGGAUGAUCUUCGUGGACGAUACUCACGAACAUGUGCAUGUCUGCUUCAGAUACCCGAUGAGCGUCGAUUGGGGAAUUCACGGAAUGUUGAUGCAAAAGAACGUGCAGCGCUGAAGUCACUGUGGCACCCAAGAAAGAUUUUGGAAUUCCCCAGACGUAUUUUCUCGUGGGAUGAGUACACCGUGUCGUUUAUUUUAACUGACUGCCGCGACUUCUUCCCUUUUGUCAGCUUAUGGAUGGACAUAUUCGAGACCUAUCGCAAAAGUGACACUCCUUUCGUUUGCGUUGCAGCACCGAUGGUUCGAUUUUCAAAAUUACCAUUCCGCUUGUUGGUUCGUGAAUAUGGUGUGGACGUUGCUUGUACGCCGAUGAUUAUGGCUGAUUCGUUUGUACGGUCUGCGAAGGCACGAGAGACUGAAUUUACAACGUGUCCAGGUAAUAUUUUCACCUGUCUCUCCCAUCUUUACUAUUUUGAAACGUUUAUUUGUCAAUGUGAUCUACUUACAGCUGAUCGACCCCUAAUAGUUCAGGUUGCAUCCAAAGAUCCCUGCGAGUUGUCAGUCGCUACAGAAAUGUUGGCUCCCUACUGUGAAGGCAUUGACUUGAACUGUGGCUGUCCACAAAAGUGGACCGUGAAUACGGAGCCGCCUUCAGUCUCAGACGUAUCCGAAUGCUUUUCUCUACCCAAGCGUCAUCGUGCUGCUGGUCCUGAUGAACUUCCACCUGCUCUUUUCAAGGGUGGUGGUGGAUUCCUCAGCCAGUGCCUGUCUAGCCUGUUUGUGGCUAUCUGGGAGAAGGAGACCGUACCAGACAACUGGGGUGAAUCGGUAGUGGUGCCCAUUUUCAAAAAGGGUACUCGCAGUGAAUGCAGCAACCACAGAGAUGUUAGUUGGACUUCUGUUGUGACAAGGCUUCCGGCAUCAUUGAUUCUUCGUCGCAUUACGGUGGCACGCGAAGUCUUGACUCAUGAGAAUCAAGCAGGAUUUCGACCGAGUAGAGGCUGCGUUGACCACAUCUUCACACUCCGUCAGGUGCUGGAGCAACGCCACAUGUACAGACGACCCACAAUUCUGGUAUUCCUUGACUUUAAGGGUGCGUUUGAUUCUGUUGAUCGAUCAGUUCUGUUAACUACACUUGCUCAACUGGAUGUUCCGCAUUAUUCAGGGACACACGGUCAAUACGUUGCUGUUGCGUUCUCUUACUGUGUUCCUCUAACAACGUAUAGAUGGGCGAUGGAGUCCGGUCUUGGAUCAGCUCUUUUACGUAAACCAGAGCUUAUAGCUGCUUUGGUUCGAGCAGCUAGGACCAUUAUUCCCCGAUGGCGUAGUAGUGCUCUUAAACCAAACUGCUGGAGUACUGGUCACUCCGCACUAGAGGAAUGCGAGUGCUCCAAUUCCACCCCAAAUAUGGCCAGACAAGAGGGCCCCUUCUCGGUCAGUGCUAAGCUGCGCAUAGUGCCCGUAGAGGUCCGUGCCUGUGGCGACUCCAGUUCCUCUCGGGUAAGUCGGCAUGCUUUAUUUCGCUGGACCAUUAAACUGCCUUACCUUCUUUCUACUCAGCUCAGUGUCACAGUCGAAUUGAUUAGGCGCCUGGCCGCUAUGGGGGUAGACUGGAUCACACUACACGCUCGAACUCCUUCUCAACGCAGUAGCGACCCAGCCUCGUGGGAUGUGGUUCGAGAAGUCGUGAUGAGCUCAGUAAAACAUGCGAUCACAGGUGACCCCAUACCGAUCGUGCUGAACGGAGAUGUGCGCACGUUUUUAGAUGGACAGCGUGCGCAUGAACACACUGGGUGCCACGGAGAUGUAUCCCUCGGCUCUACAGUCAAGCAACUGGAGGACGGAUCCGAGGCCGGAAAACGGAUAGCGCCAACAGAAUCUAAGUGGUCACACGUUACCUACUUUGAAUUUGACGUGGUUACUGUCGUUCACUGUGAAAGUCGAUAG